AUGGGUUCCACUGGUGUCUUCACCACCAUAGAGAAGUCUGGGGCCCACUUGAAGGGUGGGGCCAAAAGGGUUAUCAUCUCUGCCCCUUCAGCCGUGAUCAGUGUGAAUCACAAGAAAUAUGACAACUCAUUCAAGACUGUCAGCAAUCCACCUUACACCACCAACUGCUUAGCCUCCCUGGACAAGGUCAUCCAUUACAAAAUUGGCAUUGUGGAAGGGCUCAUGACCACACUCCAUGCCAUCACUCCCACUCAGAAGACUAUGAAUGGCUCCUCUGGAAAGCAGUGGUGUGAUGGCUGUGGGGCCACUCAGAACAUCAUCCCUGCAUUCUAUGGUGCUGCCAAGGAUGUGGGCAAGGUCAUUCCAGAGCUUAACAGGAAGCUCACUGGCAUGGCCUUCCAUGCUCCUAUCCCCAAUGUAUCCAUUGUGGAUCUGACAUGCUGCCUAGAGAAAACUGCCAAGUAUGAUGAAUUCAAGAAGGUGGUGAAGCAGGCAUCCUAG